CUUUUGCAUCUGACCAGAGGACGAAUGAGGAAGACGUUCCCGCAGAUUGGGGCAGCAACUUUCCUCGGCGAGUCUCUGGGCUCGGGGAACAGGAGCGCGCCGAUCCUCCGCCGUCUGCGGCCCAUGGAGGAGGAGGAGGAGGAGCAGUGAUGGGCUAGCGACAGCAUCAGGGAGCCCCCAGCGAACUCAGCCUUGCAGCCAGCUCCGCGUUCCCACGCGGUUCCCUCGAUCCUGCUCCGGGGGGCUGGAGGAGAGCGCGCAGAGUCCGAACCCGGAGCAUCCAGGGAGGAUGAGGCGGGUACCCGGCCCGAGUGGGGUGCAUCUCGCGGGCGUGCGGCAGCGGCUGUGUCUCGGCAUGAAUUAAGAAGCCAGGAAGAUGGAGCGCGGCGCACUCCUCGCCCAGCCCGGGCUCUGGACCAGGGACACCAGCUGGGCGCUCCUCUAUCUCUUCUGCUACGUCCUUCCCCAGACCGCCCCGCAAGUACUCAGGAUCGGAGGGAUUUUUGAAACCAUGGAAAAUGAACCUGUUAAUGUUGAAGAAUUAGCUUUCAAGUUUGCCGUCACCAGCAUUAACAGAAACCGAACCCUGAUGCCUAAUACCACAUUAACCUAUGACAUCCAGAGAAUUAACCUUUUUGAUAGUUUUGAAGCCUCACGGAGAGCAUGUGACCAGCUGGCUCUUGGUGUGGCUGCUCUCUUUGGCCCCUCCCAUAGCUCCUCCGUCAGUGCUGUGCAGUCUAUCUGCAAUGCUCUGGAAGUUCCACACAUACAGACUCGCUGGAAGCACCCAUCAGUGGACAACAAAGACUUGUUUUACAUCAACCUUUACCCAGAUUACACAGCUAUCAGCAGAGCGAUCCUGGAUCUGGUCCUCUAUUACAACUGGAAAACUGUGACUGUGGUAUAUGAAGACAGCACAGGUCUAAUUCGUCUGCAAGAGCUCAUCAAAGCUCCCUCCAGAUAUAACAUUAAAAUCAAAAUCCGCCAGCUGCCCUCUGGGAAUAAAGAUGCCAAGCCUUUACUCAAGGAGAUGAAGAAGGGCAAGGAGUUCUAUGUGAUAUUUGAUUGUUCACAUGAAACAGCCGCUGAAAUCCUUAAGCAGAUUCUGUUCAUGGGCAUGAUGACUGAGUACUAUCACUACUUUUUCACAACUCUGGACCUAUUUGCUUUAGAUCUGGAACUCUACAGGUACAGUGGUGUAAACAUGACUGGAUUUCGGUUGCUUAACAUUGAUGACCCUUACGUGUCAUCCAUCAUUGAGAAGUGGUCCAUGGAAAGACUGCAGGCCCCACCCAGGCCUGAGACUGGCCUUUUGGAUGGCAUGAUGACA